UAAUCAAUCAAAACAAAAGGCUGCCGAAGAAAAGGUUCGGUCUCAUCGAAUCAUCUUGUUCAUAUAUUAAAGUUGUUUUAAUAGAGACUUAGGGGGGAGGGGAACAUUUUCAACGUAUCUUUUUGUGAUCUCUGUAUGUGGAUUCUCAUUCUUCCUCGCUCAUGUUAUAAAUAGCACGCGACUCAAGCAACUAGACUCUCAAGCAACUCCUUUCAAUCCAUUCUUCUUCCCCUUUAUUCAAGAAAAUGGACAAAGUUAUGAGAAUGUCUUCCGAAAAAGGGGUCGUUAUAUUCAGCAAGAGCUCCUGUUGUUUGUCCUACGCGGUUCAAGUUCUCUUCCAAGAUCUCGGGGUUAGCCCUAAGAUUCACGAGAUCGAUAAGGACCCUGAAUGCCGAGAGAUCGAGAAGGCUUUAAUGAGACUAGGGUGUUCAAAGCCGGUCCCAGCCGUCUUUAUAGGUGGCAAGCUCGUUGGUUCGACCAACGAAGUUAUGUCCAUGCACCUUAGCAGCUCGCUUGUUCCCCUAGUGAAGCCAUAUCUAUGUUAAACAACAAAGGUGACUCUAAGGAUUUACUUAUGAUAUUAAUUAAUUAAUUAGCUACGGGAAUGUAAUUCAAUAAGGAACAAGGUUGAGCCAAAUCUUUGUAAUCUGUUUUUUUUAGUAUUAUUAUUUGGUCGUGUGUGACUUGGGAAAGCGUACUUAUAAUUGCAAGAUUUUACAUAUUAAUUCCGCGGUAGAAACUUUUUAUUCUA